CAGGGCACAAAAGGGAGCACUAGAUGUUUGUUAGACCACUAUUUUUUGCUUCUAUUCUCUGUGGACUUCUUAGAAAGAACCUGGGAGACCUCCAAACUACGCAAUGAAGGCGGUGACCUUUGAGGAUGUGAUUGUGAACUUCAGCAAUGAGGAGUGGAGUUUGCUGAGUCCAUCCCAAAAGAACCUCUACAGAGAUGUGAUGGGUGAAAUCUUUAGGAACAUGGCUGCAAUAGGAGGACUUGGGGAUAUCCAUGAAGCUGAAAAAGAAGGCAAAAUUUACUGGAGAUACUUAAGAAAUGACAAGCUACGAAAAUCUUAUGGACAUACAUCUUGGAAUCAGUGUAAAGAAGUAUUCCUUUGUUCUGCAGAAGGUAAUGUGAAUGUGAAAGAAACAGAAACACACCACAAUGUUCAGAUCCAUGAAAAAUAUUGCAGUGGAGGGAAACCCUACGUAUGUGAGCAAUGCGGGAAAGGUUUUACCACACAUGGAAUUUGUAAGAAACAUGAAAGAAUUCACAGAGGAGAGAGACCUUACCUUGCUGGUAUCAAGUUCAAGAACAGAGGCAACUACUCAGAAGAUGGCAAGAUGUAA